AGGAAAUUAAGAAUAGGAUUAAGAGAUAAUAAUAGAGAUGAAUGAGUUUCUCACGCGUAUUGACCGAACCUUUAUCUAUUAACUGACCGCUGUUUUUUCUUAUUUAUUAUUCUCACUUUCACGCCAAUUAACUUUUGGGCGGUGAGCGAGCGAGCGAGCGAACGAACAAACGGUCGUUACGUUCUCCACCGUCGCAUUCUUCUUCUUCUUCCUUGCGCCUCUUUGCUUUUCCUGGAAAAAUUAACACACGAAGCUAUCGUUUUUGUUAACGGAACCAAACGGGACGUGACUCUAGGCUUCAAGUGCGCAGAAGAAGGUUGUUGCAGAAGCCAUGGUUCUUGACACCAUUCUGUCUUCUUCUUCUCCUCGUUUAAAGUCUCCAUCUUUCCGUAGACCUAAGGAUGGACUUGGUAGUUGGUCAACACUUUUCCAGAGGCACCGCUACCUCUUAUCUGCUCUCGUGCUCCUUACUAUUCUAUGUACUGUUUAUCUUUACUUCGCCAUCACUAUAGGAAGUGGCUCCUGUUCUGGGUUGAGUGGAGCACAGAAAGCUUCAUGCCAUAUGGAGCUUGUCAAGGAUUCUAUUUCCAAUGGCAAACUGAAAUUUCUUUAAUAUUUCAACUAUUAUUAUCGGAGUUUUUGUUGCUAUAAUCUCUCCACCCCAGUAUAGGUGUGACAUGAAGUUCAAAUAUAGUCUUCUGUUACAAUAUCUGUGAUUUGUUAGUGUGUAAGAUACAGGCAACAAGCCAUUUCUUAGGCACAUUAUGUUAAGGUUGAUGACUGGUUACUAUUGUAAAAGUUUGAAUUUACCUAUUGUUUAUGCUAGUCUGAAACCUCUUUUUGAA